ACACAUAAUAUGUAAACAAUGUACACUCACCCGAUUACAAUUUUUCGAUUUAUUUAAGCUUCGUAAAUCCCCUCUUCUGCAACCAUGGAAAGAAUCACUAAUUAAAGAAUGAGGAAAAAAUAAAACAAUUUUUUCCGUUCAGCAUUACGCGCUAAAAUGUAACCAUUAUGUUUUUUUUUAAAAAAAAAGAAAACUUUUUUUUUUUUGUCAUUAUAAGUGAAAAGGAAAUUUUUCCCUGCCCACACAUUCUGCACUAAUAGCACCACAAAUUAACAACGUUCACGCAGCGGAAAAAAUUUAACAAAAUUAAACGAAACCCUUUGCGAACAUUCGUGCUGUCUAAAUAAGCAAAAGAGUAGAUAUCGAAAAAGGGGGGGAAUUUUUUGCGACAUCGGGUAAGUUACCUUUUACCGGCAAGUAGGUGCGGAAGUGUUCGCCGCGCUGUAGAGGAAAGAAAGGGGCCCAAAAGGGCAGCAACUGUAAGAGGAGCGUCCUGUAGCGCACGGACUAACUCACUGAGUGGCUCACCGCAUAGCCCACUCCGUAGCAGCUCUCUCAAAAUGCCAAAUGUGAACGGCAAUAAGCCCGGCGCUGCCCCCGAGUGGGCGCUCGCCCUCCCCCAUGGCGCCAACAACAAUGUAGGGCAAUACGCACAAAGUGGGGACAGCACAAAAGACCCCCUGCAAUGUGCCAGUAAUAGCCAAAGAGGAAAUUUUCACAACAAGGAUGCACAAAACAGUUGUAGCGAAAGCACUAGAAGCAGCAACCCUAACAAUGAAGUGUCUUCCCCCGAUUUGUCCUCGUCAAAUAAUGCGGCAAACGCUGCUCUUCCGAAAAAUCACACCAAUGAUGACACGUACGAAGUGUACCAGUUAAACGUAAAAAGUAGUAGCAAUGACUCGUCACCGCAAAAGUCAAAGUUGAGUGUAGCUAGCUACGCACAACCGUAUGAAGAAUCUUACGAAGAAAGAACAAAAUUUAACAAAAAAAAAAGCAGCUUUUAUGAUAAUAAUGGGGUGCCCGAUAGUUAUCCCUUUCUCCAUAGCUAUAAUGCUAGUCAUGCGGGUAAUGCGAAUAGGAAGUGUGACAACGGGGCACAUCAACAGAACAACGCCAGUGGGGGAAGCACCCCCCAGAAGAAUAGUACACAACAUGCUAGCAUGGGCGAUCAGCGCGGUGCAAGGGAGCCAAAUGAGAAUGAAGGGGAGUCAGUGUGGGGGCCGGAUAAUUUGGAAAACUUCCGCCUGGGCAAGAAGGGGACCUCGCAGUGGGGGUCGCCCACAGGCGGGCCCGAAAAGGAGGAGCAGCCAAGCGGGGUAAUCGGGGCAAGCGGCGAGGUAAAUAGUGAUGCAAGAGACGAUCCACCAAACAGCCUGCCAGUCGAACGGGGCAGUGCCGGUUCUGCCUCCCCAGGACCAGCCGAGGGCUCCCCCAAGGGACAUACCCAAAAGGAUGGCGACGGGAACAAGCUGAGCGUGCACAGCUACGAUGUAGACAAUCUGUAUGAAAACUUUUGCACCAACCGAGAGAGAGCAAUGAGUCACACAAAGAUAUUUAAUUAUUCCGGAAGUGAAGAGAGGAAAAUUACCAAGCCGAAAGAUAAGGCGAAUACGUUUGUCCCAAAGUACAACAAUUUGUCCGCCAAAGAAAUCCAUUUUAACAGCCUCGCAGGGAAUGAUAACAUAACCAUUUUAGCUGCGAACAAAAUGAAAUUAGAUCUUACCAAGGUGUCCGAAAAAAAAGGAGAUGCCUUACCAGAUGUAUAUCCAUUUCAUCUUUCCAGUGAUACAAAAAAUGAAGAGGAAAAAAAGAGAGUACAUAAACCCCCUUGCCUGGAAAAACUAUACCCUACAAAUUUUAACUAUAUAAAUACGUAUAGCAACACUAAUGCUGAUAUUACCCUGGAGGAAAGGAGAAACUAUAUGAACUCGAGUCAUAUAUUUGAUUGUGAUGAUGAUAAAAUGGAACAACCAUAUGAAAAGGGGAGUAAACACACAACGGGAGUGGAAGUCGUCACGCAUCGCAUCAGCAAAGAUGUAACCAAUGUGGAUAGCGAGAAGGAGGAAAAAAGGAAAGUAAACCCCCUGUAUAGCGAUUUAUUUGGAAGGAAAACACCAGAUAUUAACCACAACGCUCCAUGUGAAAAAAUCAUGCCAACCACUUUGAACUGCAAUUGGAUGUAUUGCCCCAUCCAUAGUAGGAAGUACUCGGAACAGUCCAUUAAUUCCUCCGAUUAUUUACACUCUUGUGAAAUGGGAAACUUUAACAGAAAGUCCUAUUUUAAUAAAGAAGUAUACGAUGAUAAAAAAAAAAAAAUUCUUCAAGAAGCAAUACAAAAGGGGACCAGGGCUUCGCUCAGAGUACACUUGCAAUCCAUUUUACAGGAUGGUGUUAACUACAAUUUGGAAGAAUGCAAUCAUGUGGAAGCAACUUACCUAUUUCUCCAUAACAUAAAAGAUUCCGUCUCAGAUGAGGAGAUAAAAGAUGCUGUGAGGAAGAGCGGCGCGUUCGUAGUUACCUAUGAACCGGAGUAUGAUUUCCUAUGUAAUAGACGCAAAAGUAAUGCGAAGUUGUGCAUUCGGCAUGCUAACGGGAAAGAGGGCUUAAAUUUGUUAACGAGUUUGCUCGCUCAGCUGGAAAUUACCGUUCAGCGUAUGUGA